AUGGGAGAGACUGCUGUUGAUGCCCGUUUUGUGAAGGCAUUUCUGGAGAGCCUUCAAUGCGAGCGCUAUUUGGAUAGGUUUGUUGAGUGCAGGUUGCUUACACCAAAAGAGCUACGGUUUUUGGAUCGAGAGGUGCUGGCAGCACUGGGAGUGACGAAACUUGGAGACCGGCUCCGGAUUCUACAUAAGGCUAAACAAUUGAAUAACACUAAGCCGAGUAAAGAAUGUGCUGAUGAAUUGAAUGAGGUUAUCAGAAAGAUUGGCUCUCUCUCUACUUCUGGACCGACCAGUAACGAGGAACUGAUUACGGAGAAACACUCAGUGAUAUUUAUCCUGAACGAUGGAUCUGCCAAGAUGGUCAACGUGAAUGGAUGUUUCAACGCCGACUCAAUUAAGAAAAGACUUAUCAAAAAACUGCCGACAAAAGGUGAGGAUGAUGAAGCUUCCGCGGUGCAGAGCUACGACGUGUUUGUUGUCGAUUACGUGAAAAAUGUGCUCCAUCUGCUUUAUGACGUCGAGUUGGUUACGAUCUGUCAUUCUGCUGACCGCCUGGAGAAGAAUCGGCUGAUCUUUGUUUCCAAGGAUCAGGCACCGAGCGACAAAGCUAUUCUUACUUCGAAGAAACUUUAUCUGAAGACUUUGAGCGCCUUGCAUGCUUCCUCGUCUCAGGCAGGCGGCAGAGGACCAGUAUCUGCCAUCGGUUCCACACCUCAUCUCACAGUGGAGAACGGUAAGGAAAAAAUUCGCAAAAUCUUCAACCAAAGGCCUCCCAGCGAGCUUAUAUCUACCAAUCUGGCCGGAUAUUUCCCCCACGCCGAUAUGAAGAGGUUGGAAAAGACCCUCAAAGAAUCGUUUCGACAAUCUGCGAGAUUGUCAACAAUCCAGGGACGAGUGCCCAGCAAGGAGUCGAAUAAGGUGGGCGAUAUAUUGCUAAACCACUCAAAUGCGGUAGACUUUGCCCUGCUGCACAGUUUGGACCAUCAUUCCGGCCACAAGGAACAGGAGGGUUUGAAGUUGACUGGCCGUUCAUCAACAAGGAAGGCUGAAAGUAGCCGCACUGAACCACAGAAUGAUGAUCGCAUAAAGCUGUGGAGCUACGACUCCGAUGAGAAGGGUGAGGAAGAUCCCGACAACGAAAUUGUUUCGCUACCAACGAAAAUGGCUACGCCGAAAACGUGGCUCAAAGGCGCCAGGAUCGGGUCAGGCAGUUUUGGUACUGUGUUUCUAGGCAUGAACGCUCGCACAGGUGAGCUGAUGGCGGUCAAACAAGUUGAAUUACAAUCUAGCGCCUUUGCUGCGGGGAUCGUUGGACCCCCAGACCAUAAGAACGAUUUCCAGCAAGAACAGAAGCUGAAGAAUGCGUCUCGCAUACACAGAAAGAUGAUUGAUGCUCUGCAGCACGAAAUGAAUCUACUGAAGGAACUCAACCACGACAACAUAGUGAAAUACUUCGGGUCUUCCCAGGAGGGAGGAAACCUAAACAUCUUCCUCGAGUACGUCCCCGGUGGAUCGGUCUCGUCGAUGCUCAACAGCUAUGGUCCGUUCGAGGAGUCUCUGAUUACUAACUUCACAAGGCAGAUCCUAAUCGGCGUCGUCUACUUACACAAGAAAAACAUCAUCCAUAUCAAGGGUGCCAACAUUCUGAUCGACAUCAAGGGCUGCGUAAAGAUCACCGACUUUGGUAUCUCUAAAAAGUUAUCGCCUUUGAACAAGCUGCAGGACAAGAGGGCAUCAUUGCAAGGUUCCGUCUACUGGAUGGCGCCGGAGGUUGUCAAGCAGGCAGCGACCACCGAGAAGGCAGAUAUCUGGUCAACAGGCUGCGUGGUGAUUGAAAUGUUCACCGGUAGGCAUCCGUUCCCAGAUUUUUCUCAGAUGCAAGCGAUUUUCAAGAUCGGCACCAGCACUACUCCAGAAACACCAUCCUGGGCGACUGACGAAGGAAAAGACUUCCUGGAAAAGACAUUCCAGCUGGAUUACAAGAAAAGGCCAAGCGCAGCUGAACUAUUGCAACAUCGAUGGUUGGAUACUCGAAUCCUAUAA